GAUCUCUGUGGUCAAAGCCUGGCCUGAUUUCUACCCUGAUGGGCAUUCUGACUUCUCAACUCGAUCUUGGACCAGAAGCCCAAGUGUGCCUUUCUGGAUGAGAUGGCCAGAUAUGUCCCAGACUUUCUCUGAUGACUCAUUUGAGGGCCUUACUUCACUCCCCAAACCCAGGAGCUGGUUCCUGUGGGCAGCGCCUGACGAGCCUGACCCUCUCCUUUCUGCAGUUCAAGGGAAAGACGAGAUCUUGCACAAGGCACCCUACGUCUGUCCUCCACAAGGGAAGGGUGACAUGGAGCCUCUUGGGCUGCUCAUCUUGCUCUUUGUCACAGAGCUAUCCCGAGCCCACAACACCACGGUGUUCCAGGGCAUGGCAGGCCGGUCCCUGAGGGUCUCCUGCCCCUACAACUCCUUGAAGCACUGGGGGAGACGCAAAGCCUGGUGCCGCCAGCUGGGUGAAGAGGGCCUGUGCCAGCAGGUGGUCAGCACUCACCCCUCGUGGCUGCUGUCCUUCCUGAAGAGGCACAAUGGGAGCACGGCCAUCAUGGACGAUGCCCUGGGUGGCACACUCACCAUUACUCUGCGGAAUCUUCAAGCCCACGACGCUGGUCUCUAUCAGUGCCAGAGUCUCCAUGGUAGCGAGGCCGACACCCUCAGGAAGGUCCUGGUGGAGGUGCUUGCUGACCCCCUUGAUUACCAGGACCCUGGAGAUCUCUGGAUCCCUGAGGAGUCCGAGCGCUUUGAGGAUGCCCAGGUGGAGCACAGCAUCUCCAGGAACCUUUCUGAAGAGGAGAGCCCCUUCCCACCCAUUUCCAUCCUUUUCCUCCUGGCCUGCAUCUUUCUCAGCAAGCUUCUGGCAGCCAGCGCUCUCUGGGCUGCAGCCUGGCAUGGGCAGAAACGGAGGACACCCCAUGCCAGUGGGCUGGACUGUGGCCAUGACCCAGGUUACCAGCUCCAAACCUUGACAGAGCUGAGAGACACGUGAGAGGAGGACCCACGGUGGAGGAGAGGCCCAGGAGAGGUCUGCACGGACCACCCCAGCCUGCUGCACACCUGCCCCUUGGCCACCAAGUCUCCUGGUUCUGCUUUCGCAAAAGGCCACUCUGCCUGUACCCUGCUUCUCUUGACCCCUGGAAGCAGGGAUUUGUGCGUGUGUGCACGUGUGUGUGUGUGCAUGUGUGUGUGUGUGUGCAUGGGAGGUGGGAAGGACAUCUACCAACUUCUGGACAUUGGACAUUAAACACUCUCACAAAUAAAUCCAA